AUGGGUACCGCUCUCAAGACAUGGGAGCUCGAGAACUCCAUCAAACUCGUCGACCCCACCAAAGACGCCCUCUACAGCUACUCCUCCUCUGAACAAAAAGCAGUGAACAACGCUAAGCCAUGGCGCACCGACCCACACCACUUCACCUCCGUCCGCAUCUCCGCCGUCGCGCUUCUCAAAAUGGUCAUGCACGCCCGCAGCGGCGGAUCCCUCGAAGUGAUGGGGCUCAUGCUCGGCAAAAUAGAAGCGCACACCUUCGUCGUCACAGACGCGUUCCGGCUCCCUGUAGAAGGCACGGAAACACGCGUCAACGCCCAGGACGAGGCGAAUGAGUACAUGGUUGAGUUCCUCACACGAAGCCGAGAAGGUGGAGGACAGCCUGAGAACGCAGUUGGGUGGUAUCAUAGUCACCCGGGGUACGGAUGCUGGUUGAGCGGUAUUGAUGUCAACACACAGAAGACGCAGCAGAGCUUUCAGGAUCCGUUCGUUGCGGUGGUUAUUGAUCCUGAUCGCACUGUCUCGGCGGGCAAGGUCGAGAUUGGCGCGUUCAGAACCUUUCCAGAUAAUUACAUACAAGAGAAGGAGAAGUCUGCAGGAAAGAAUGGAGGAGGCGGUACCGAUGCGGAUGGGUUUCAGACGAUUCCGCUGGGAAAGAUUGAAGACUUCGGCGCGCAUGCGAAUCACUACUACCCGCUCAAUGUGAGCCACUAUAAGUCGUCGCUCGAUGCGAAGCUGUUGGAUAGUCUGUGGAACAAGUACUGGGUCGGCACACUAUCCUCGAGCCCGCUCAUCUCGAACCGUGAGUAUGGCACCAAGCAGAUCUUGGACCUCGCACGCAAAGUCCAACAAGAGACAGCCAGUAUAAAGCGGAAAGGCACGUUUGGUGGUCCCGAUGCUAAGGGUCAAUUGGGCAAGCUAGGAGCGGCCGGCGGCAAGAUUGCACGAGAGGAGGAUAUUGGUCUUCUCAGUGCGAAGGUCAAGGAGAAGGUGUUCGGGCUUGGUGGUGUGGAGGAAGCUCCGGGCGGCAAUGAGGUGGAGAUGAAGAGCUAA